UUCCCCCCUUGACUCAACACUUUUCUCUUCUUCUUCUCCUCUCUUCUGUGUCUUCUCACGUGUCCGUUCCUUUUUGCUUUCAGUUUCGUUUCAGUUUCGAGGUUCGUUUUUCUCUUUCGUUCGUUCGUUUUCUUCUAUCCCGUUCUUUUCCUUCGUUUAUCCCAAGAUGGCACCCACCCCUCCUGCCGUCAACGAUCCCAACAGCAAAAGCUGCCCAAAAUGCAAGAGAUCGGGCCUUAUAGUCCUGUUGUUCAUGUCAAGGAAGGGCGACCGCGUACUCAAGAUGUGCGAGAAGUGUCGUGCCAGCUCGCAGAACUCGCACCGCAGAAGAAGAAGGCAGGACGCAGCAAGGAGGCAGAUGGCCGCCGCCGCCCUACAGACUUUUGAGCAGAUCGAUGACCCCAACGAGCAUCAGAACCAGGCCGGAGAUGGCCAUAACCACAACCACGGACACGGUGGUGAGAAUGGUGUUCCUGUUGUUGAGGCUGCUCCCGUUUUUGAGACCGAGUUCCUCUUCGACCACAACGCUGCCACCUUGGUGCCCCCCUCUUUUCUCCAGGCUCCUGCUUCCUCCUUUUCCUUGACUGCUGCUCACGGGGGUUUCGAAAUGCCUCCUGCUCCUACUCCUGCUUCUGUCUACGCCGGAAACAAUGACCUUCUUUUCCCACCUGUCUCAAGAUAUGCUGCUACUGGCUUUCCCGCCGACCCCCCUGCUGGCCUCUCUGCUAGCGUCGCCGCUUAUUACAGUCUCCAGGAACCCACCAACUAUCCCAAGCCCACCGCUGAGAUGAGCGUCGCUGUGCCUCCCGCCUCGCCCUACCCUGUGGCUGAAUCGUACUCGGGCGUCGACUAUGAUAGCCAGCAGGCGAUUACUGAGAGGUUCACUAACCCCGGUCUUUAUGCCGAUGUUGCCUUUAAGACUUCCACCUUUGUCCAUGACGAUCUGGAGCUUUAUGACAGUCUCAUGAACAGCCCCGGUCAUGCUGAUGCCCUUCAGACCCCUGUUUCUGUCCAUCACCAUCAGGAGUCUCACGGUUCUCUGGGCCCUUUGGGUUAUGUUGAUGCCGCUCUGACCCAGGCCUCCGUUGAUCAGCUCCCGACCCCUUCUUCUUCUCUCGAUGACCGCCUGGCGUUUAACGGUCCUUUCAGCCCCCUUGAUAAUGUCAAUGCUGCUCUGAGUCUGGCUUCCGUUAAUGAAGUUCAGACCCCUUCUUCUCUCGAUGAAUACCAAGAGCUUCUUGAUAGUUUCGUCAACUCUGACGCCCACGCUCCCCUCGUUUCUCCGCACAGUGGCCACUAUUCCGGUGAGAACAGGUCUACUCUGACGGUCACUGCUUUGGCUGAGGCAGUUGAGACCGUGAAAACUAGUGUUUCGGUGGCUGACCCUGAAUUCUAUCUGAGCCAGUUCCCCGAUUUUGAUUUCACCGAGGCAGUCUUUGACAAGGAAGAGGAACAGAUGCCCAAGGAUAGAGUUUGUCGAUAUUACCGCUAUCACCAGGAUUCCGCAGAGUAG